AAGAAAUCUGAACCUUUAUGGGGUCAAUCUUACCAGUUCCAGAAUACCUGAAUGGUUGUAUGAUUUUAGACAACUGGAGUCUCUUGAUCUUUCUCAAACUAAUGUGCAAGGUGAAAUCUCAAGCACCAUCCAAAACCUGAUUGCACUUGUUAAUCUCAAAUUGGCAUUCACUAAACUUGAAGGAACACUUCCACAAACCAUUGGAAAUCUUUGCAACUUGCAAAUUAUUCGCCUAUCAGGCAACAAACUUGGCGGGGAUGUGUCAAAAGUUUUUGAAAGCUUUGCUGGUUGCAUUUCACAGAGUCUAGAGGAGUUAGGAAAUAACUUUUCAGGUCAUAUUGGUAAUGCGAUCGGACAAUUGGGAACACUUCAACAUCUUGACUUAUCGGAUAAUUUCAUCUCUGGUUCUAUUCCUGAGUCUAUAGGAAGAUUAUCAUCCUUGAUUUGGGCCUUUCUUCCUAAUAAUCAACUUACUGGAACGCUUCCUGUAACUUUCAGAAACCUGUCCAAUUUGCAAACUAUUGACAUUUCUCAUAACCUGCUUGAAGGUGUUGUCGCUGAAGUUCACUUCACAAAUCUCACCAGUUUGACAGCGUUCGUUGCAUCCCAUAACCAUCUCGUUUUGAAAGUUAGUCCAGCUUGGGUUCCUCCAUUUCGUCUCAAAGAAUUAGGACUGAGAUACUGGAAUUUAGGACCCCAAUUCCCCAUCUGGCUCCAAUCGCAAGAUUAUUUUACGUACCUUGACCUGUCCUGCACUGAGAUUUCAGAUAGCAUUCCCACUUGGUUUUGGAAUUUAACUUCUCAUAUUAAAUAUUUAAAUCUCUCACAUAACCAAAUCCCUGGGCAGCUUCCAAGUAGUCUCAGUAUCAUUUCAAUGUUGCCAACAAUUUACCUAGGAUUCAACCAAUUUAAGGGUCCGUUGCCUCGCUUUGAAGCAGACAUAUCAGCGUUAGAUCUCUCCAACAAUUUCUUUUCAGGGUCUAUUACUCGCUUCCUGUGUUAUCCAACGGUUGUGCCAUAUUCACUGAGAAUUCUACAUCUCGGUGAAAAUCAAUUGUCGGGUGAAAUUCCAGACUGUUGGAUGAACUGGAAAUCAUUGACGGUCAUUAAACUGGGGAACAAUAAUCUGACUGGGAAAAUUCCAAGCUCUAUUGGGGUUUUAUGGAACCUACGCUCAUUGCAACUGAGGAAAAAUAGUCUUUCUGGAGAAAUACCUAUGUCUCUUGGAAAUUGUACAAGGUUGUUGACUCUUGACCUUGCUGCAAAUGAUUUUGUUGGGAAGGUACCAGAUUGGUUAGGAGGUAGUUUUCCAGAAUUAUUGGCUCUUAGUCUUCGCUCCAAUCAGUUAACUGGAGAAAUUCCUUCAGAAAUUUGUCGCCUCAGUUCUCUUCAAAUAUUGGACUUUGCUGGCAACAAUUUGUCAGGAACGGUACCAAAAUGCAUAGCCAAUCUGACAUCCAUGACCACAGUACAACCAAGAACCAAGAUAUUUUAUUCCUCUACAGGCUACUAUUCCCUAGUCGAAAUAUUCUUAGAGAACGCAUACGUUGUGACAAAAGGAAAAGAAGUUGAAUACGACAGCAUUUUAACACUGGUAAAGAGCAUGGACUUAUCAAGCAACAAGAUAUCAGGAGAGAUUCCAGCGGAAUUAACUGCUCUGCUGGGGUUAAUGUCGUUGAAUCUAUCUGGAAAUGAUUUGACAGGACAAAUCCCGAAUAAUAUUGGUGAUAUGCCAGUGCUAGAAUCACUUGAUUUGUCAAGAAACCAAAUUUCAGGCAACAUUCCUCCAAGCAUGGCCAAGUCACAUUUCUUGAAUUAUUUGAAUCUUUCCUACAAUGACCUGUCAGGGGAAAUUCCAUCAAGUACUCAACUCCAGAGCCAAGAUGCUUCUAGUUUUGUUGGCAAUAAUAGACUUUGCGGACCUCCACUCGCUAUAAGCUGCACCGUGGCUGAGACGCCGCAGGACACUGGCAAAGGAAGUGGCAACGAAGGUGAGGGAAUAAAAAUAGACGAGUUUUACCUGGGAUUGACAAUCGGAUCUGUGGUAGGUUUUUGGGGCGUUUUCGGUUCACUAUUGUACAACAGGUCAUGGAGGCAUGCCUAUUUCCAAUUCUUAGACAAGGUGUGGGUCAGACUGCUUAUUAUAUUUAAUAAAUUUGUGAAGUAUUCCUUUUUUUCUUAGGGAGGGUGAUUUA